CAAUACCAAAUUCCCUAUUAUAUCUAAAAACCACUACAAUUUUAGUUAAAAAUUUUAAUUUGUGCAAAAUUUAAGAAGAGCAUGCUACAUUAGACUGAAUGCCAAAUUUUGCAACACUGGCUGUCGUUACAGCUCCUUUUUAUUAUUGAUUAAUGAAAAAUUAAGCCAUGUACAUUCCAAGUAUAGCAGAGGGUAGAAAUAUGGGGUGGGGUAAAGUGAGGUGCUGGGUUGCGCUGCUGACUGAGGGCUGCUCCGCAUUUAAGGGAGGAGUUUAAGUGCUACAUUUCAAUAUAUAGAGUAAACGCGAGUUGGGCAGGCGGAUAUAUAUAAAAUAUGAUAAAAAAAGUACAAUCCUCAGCGCCGAAUCGAUGCAUGCCAAAUGAAAAAGCGCCGAACACCGAUAUUGAUCAAAAAUGGUAAAUUUGAGAGGCAAAAUCAGCACCGCGCGCUGAGCACCACAAGAAAAAGCUACACUAAGGGGGACACUAAAGCGCCGCCUUCAUAGGGGAAAUGUGCAAACUCGUCUUCUUCCACAAAAGGCUACAGCAGACGAGAUAUAAAAAUUGAUCCAUUUACAUUAACGUUCUGUGUGCCUGAAAAUAGCCACCAAACAUCUCCAUUGGAGCUUCAGUUGCAAUAUUAAUAACAAAAAUAACGGCUUAAGAUUUUGCAACCAAAGAUUUUUAUGCAAGCACUUGUCAGCCCUGGCACCAAGCGUUCGGCUGCACCAGCACCGGCGAGCGCAGCUCAACAUCGAUGUGGUCUGCGCAGACAACGCAAGUCCAACUUCAGCAACGCCGAGGUCGAAAUCCUGGUGCGCGAGGUGGCCGCCCGACGCGACGUUCUCUUCAGCUCUCGCGGCCGAACGUCCUGCACAAACGGCGUCGCAAAGAGCACCGAGAAAAUGUGCAAGUGGCGAGAAGUAGCCGCCGUCGUCAACGGCGCCGAGUUUGGCGAAAGAAGGACAGUGCGCGAGGUUCGCAAGAAAUGGGAGAAUGUGGUCAGCUCGUUCCGAAGAAAACUGAGGCAGCCAAAUUUACUGACCUCUUUGAUAGGUGGACUAGGCAGAGGAAUUCGGUGUCCGGCCGACGAGGCCCUUGCAUGUGCAAAUGCUUACUGUGGAAUGACACCGAAAAUUAUUAACAGGUCGGAAAUCAAUCGGCACGACCUAGAGGAAGAAGAUGAAGAUCCUGAACUUUUGCUGCAGCCUGAGGUGCAAAUCGACGAAGAUCACGAUUCGCCGCCCAUGGAAUUCGGCAACAGCACUAAUUGCAAGGUUGAAUUUAAUAAAGGUGAUGACUCUGCUGCAAGUCCACAAAUCGGGACUGGGCAGAGCUCCGAAGAAGAGGCACCACCGAAGGAAAUUGAAAUGCAGAAAUUGCAAGUGAUGAAAAAACUGCUCGAUGUCCAGAGCAAAAGACUGAAGGUCGAACGAAAGAGACUUAAAGUGGAGAGGAUGAGACUGCAAAUCGAGCUACAGAAAACGGAAAAUAAUAGUGGCAGUUAAAGGAUUGAGUUUUGAUUGCUUGAAAAUAAUUUUUUGCACAAAGAAACGCAUAAAAAAUAAAAUGCUUAAAAAAAUUGAUUGUGAAAAAAAUAAACUAUGAGGUUAGAAGUUGAUGGUUCAAAUUAAGAGAUUUCGGCAAAUGCAUAAACAGUUUUGCCUUUGAGACCCUUCAGACAAAAUAAUUAUUGAUGUUGCAGUAUUUUAUGCUAGUUUAUUUAGAACAUUUGUUUAGGGGAAAGAAAGGUUGUUUGCGCAGUUGCAGAGAAUAUUCGAUGAUUACUUCAGAUGAAUUGGUAAUAAUUGUAUUGUUCAUUGAUGCACACAAAUCAGCAGCAUAAAAUAAUGUAAUGUACCUUAUUUCAAAAUCCACAUACUGUGGAUAAAAAGUUUAACCCAAUGUGGAUAAAAUAUGAUUAUAAUAAACGUAAUAAACAUUAACAAGUUUUAAAUUAAGCAAGAAUUUCAUCACAAGGCCAAGGCAUCACAAUAAACAAAAUCACUUAGCAGCAGGCUCGGACUGGUCUGUGGGGGGAAAACUCCCAUCGGACCGAGGCUCUUUUAAAAUAGGACUUACGAGCCUGGCUAGCCACACACUUUUUAAGUCGGCUGCCUAAAUGAAGGGUUGGAAAGAUUUGCACCAGUCCGGGUUUGCUUUUUAGGUUUUGUUUAGGAGAGUUGUUGUAAAAUUAUUAACCUGAAACUGACUUAGCGCUGCUUGAGAUCAAAAAUCUCAAUCAGCAGUGGCUCCACAUCUCUAGGGUUGACAUCAAGGUACACGCGCACAUGAUCUUCAUUGAGUUUAUGAAGUUCGGCCAUCUUCUGGAUAAGUUUCAAGAAGACAGACCUUGCCUCGCAGCCUUGAAAUUUGCUUUCAAGA